UUAUAUCGAAAAUUCGAAAUCUGCGGGACGACCGGUGGAAGAUUAAAAAUUUGGGUUUACAGAUUUCAUCAGGAACAACCAGCCUUAAAAGUCCUCGAAAAACAAACAUAUCAAAUCAAAGUAAUCAGGCUGAACAAGUUCACCUUCAAUCUUGUUUUCCCUCUUUGAUCGACACCAUCUCCAAUAGCAGGCGCAUAGACAUCGAUCCUCGACCAUGCCUGUGUCCAUAAAAGAAUGUUGCUGUUUCUUGAGGAAAAUUGGAAACCCUCGACGAAUCAUCCACUUCGCUCUUCUUGCUUCCGAGACAUCAUUUUCCAUCAACGAAAUCGAGGCAUUAUACGAUCUUUUUGAGCGAUUAAGCCAUGCCAUAAUCGAAGAUGGUCUUAUUCACAAGGAAGAGUUCAGGCUUGCGCUUUUCGGCGACAGCAGCACGCACAAUCUGUUGGCAGAUCGUCUUUUUGAUAUAUUUGACAUCAAGAAAAAUGGGGUUAUUGAAUUUGACGAAUUUGUUCGUUCGCUAAGCAUUUUCCAUCCUGAUGCUCCCGAAUCUGUCAAAAUUGAAUUCAUGUUUAGAUUAUAUGAUUUGAAGCACAAUGGCUUUAUAGAACGAGACGAGUUGAAGGAGAUGGUGUUGGCUCUUUUGAGUGAAAUUAAUGUGGAUUUAUCAAAUGAUGAAGUUGAAGCGAUCUUGGAUAAGACCAUUUUGGAUGCAGAUCUUAAUGACGAUGGGAAGAUAGAUUUAGAAGAGUGGAAGGUAUUCAUACCAAAGUAUCCAUCCCUUCUCAACAACAUGACUCUUCCCCUUCUUAGGGAGAUCACUCAAGCGUUUCCAAACUUUGUGUUAAAUACUCAAGUCCGAGAUCUAGAAAUAGUAACGUGAAGAAGCAACAAAGUGGAUCUCUACGUGCCAUUUUUCUUUGGAUGUGAGGAUUCAUUUUCAUUGGUAUCUUUCUAUUUAUUUGUAACCUAUAUGACCAUUUCGAUAGAAAUGAUACCCGAGUAAAAGCAUUGUUAUUACAAAAUAUUUUGUUCUAUAUUAUGAUAUGGGGUGUUAAUUGACAUAUUCGUGGAACAAUCUUCGCUUUAAAAUUAAAACACACAAACAUGAAAUAAAAAAGCAUCUUUUUAAUUACGAAAUGAAGUACAUAAUCACAAAUCCAUCAUAUAUCAUAUGGUUGCUUGCCGGUGAACUUGACUUCAAUUGGGCUAACGUUCUUUCCGAUCGACCUCAUGUUUUGACCCACACCUUGUCGGCCGGCGUUCACCUUUUCCGGGUAAACCCCAUCUUUAGGGUGCAAAUACUGUACUUCACCAUUUGGGAACACCCUGUAGAACUGAUACUUGAUCUUGUAUUUCGACCUCAAUCUAGUUCCCAAAGCCAAACACUGCUCCUUCCUCGCCAAUUUCAAUAGAUUAGGUCCUUCUCUCAUUAUCGCAGCGCCUCCCGUCGGCAUCUCGAAGAUCUGCUCCUUGGGGGAUUCCCAUGUGAUGACGUAGAACUCCUCUACCUGAGCUUUUCGGAGCAAUCCACCGGUGCUUCCAGCGAAGAUGGGAGAUGGGGUGUUGGGGUCGAGUUCCGGUGGGGUGAAUCCGACUGGAGCUUCUUUAGUGGGGGUGGCAACCUCGUCGGCUGCUGCCCUGAUGGUGAAGGUACGGGAGGUGAGCUUGAGCUGCUUCACGGAGGUGAAGGAGGAUUGUUUCCAUGGAGAAACGGGGUUUGAAAGCGUUGGGGUGAAGAGAGAAGCUUGUGCAGCCAUGGCCAUUGAAGAUUGAAGAUGGAUGAAGAUGGUGAGGUGUUU